AUGGAUGAGAAGGCUGGCGUCUCACACCUUGAGGUGCUGGCUCCUACCAAAUCAAGAGACAGCGACUAUGCUGUCAAGGAUGUCGAAGGCGAGCAAGUCGGGCUCGAUUACUCCGGAGUCGCAAAGAAGAAGACAGACCCAGCAGAGAUUGCUUUGGUGAAGAAGCUGGAUCGAUACAUUAUGCCAACACUGUGGAUCAUGUACUGGCUCAACUAUCUUGAUCGCAACGCCAUCGCUCUCGCAAAGAUCAACACCAUUGUGGAGGAUACUGGUGUGACGGAUACACAGUAUCAGACCUGUGUCUCGAUCCUGUUCGUCGGUUACAUUCUUGGACAAGUCCCCAGCAACAUGCUUCUUACCCGURUAAGACCUUCAUGGUACAUGGCAAGCUUUGCGGCACUUUGGGCUAUCGUCUCUGGUCUCACUGCCCUCGCCAACGAUUUCAAAGGCCUGCUCUUGACCCGAUUUUUCCUCGGCGUUGUUGAGGCUCCAUACUACCCAGGUGCUCUCUACAUUCUCGGAAUCUUCUACACGCGMAAAGAGAUUGCCACUCGCAUUUCGAUCCUCUACACAGGCAACAUCCUCGCCACUGCUUUCGCCGGACUCAUCGCUCUCGGAAUCUUCGAGUUGGAUGGCGUCGCCGGUAUUGCUGGAUGGCGUUGGCUGUUCAUCAUCCAAGGCGCUGCGACCCUUCUCGUCGCCAUCGGAGCCGGAUUCAUCCUUCCUGACGACCCUACCAACACCCGCUGGUUGACUCCCGAGGAGCGUCUCCUCGCCAACGGCCGCAUUGUCCGCGAUACUGUUGGAGAAGAGGGCAAGAAGAGCCCAUGGGUGGGUCUCAAGCAGGCUGCCGCCGAUCCCAAAGUCUGGCUCUUUGCUUUGAUGCAACACAUGCAUCUCGCCGCCAAUGGUUUUAAGAACUUCUUCCCGUCCAUUGUUGAGACAAUGGGACUCGGCGAGAAGAUUACCCUUGUCCUGACCUGCCCUCCCUAUCUCAUCGCUGGCUUCACCUCCAUCUACUGGUCAUACCAAUCCGGACGCUUCAACGAGCGAACAUGGCACAUCACCUCUGCGAAGCUCGUAGCUGUGGUUGGUUUCGUCCUGGCCUGUGCGACUCUCAACGUGGGAGCCCGCUAUUUCGCCAUGUGUGUCUUUGCCAUUGGCACCUACGCCGUCAACAGUAUCAUCCUCGGCUGGGUCUCCAGUACUUGUGGCCAAAGUAAAGAGAAGAAAGCAAGCGCGCUGGCUAUAGUAAACACCUGUGCCAACGUAUCAUUCAUCUGGACGCMAUAUUUAUGGACCGACGCCAGUCAACCGCGUUACCUCCCCGCUAUGCUCGGCAGCGCGGCUUUUUCCCUCGCAACGGCUCUUCUGGCAUGGGUUAUGAGGUUAUGGCUGAUGCGCGAUAACAAGAAGAUUCGACAGACUGAGGAUGAGACGGUCCUGAGAUAUGCUUAUUGA